AUGGUAAGGAGGCUAAUCGAAGCUAUUUACGGGAGAAGGACGACGAGGCAAAUCUGGAAGCUGAAGAGUCUCCUCAAUCUGACAGUCUGCCGCCUCUCAGUUCUCCGCAACCAGCGCAAUGGCCGCUGCUGCAUUGCCCGGUCCGACAUAAUGCAGCUCCUCCUCCAUGGCCAACAAGACCGAGCUCUCAUUCGCGCGGAGCUUUUGAUGAAGGAGCAGAACAUGGCCGAUGUCUUCGCUUUGGUGGAGAGUUACUGCCAAUUCCUCAACGACCGCGCCUUCAUACUACAGCAGCAGAUGUACUGCAGGGAGUGCCCGGAGGAGCUAAAGGAGGCGGCGGCAGGCCUAUCCUUCGCCGCUUCACGGUGCGGUGAGCUGCCGGAGCUACAAGAGAUUCGUAAAAUCAUCUCGUCGAGGUUCGGCAAGGAGUUCACCGCCGCCGCCGUGGAGCUGCGUAACAACUGUGGAGUCGAUGCUAAGAUGGUGCAGAAGUUCUCCGCAAGGAAGCCGAGCAUGGAAAGCAGGGUUGAUGUGAUGAAAGAGAUUGCAAGGGAGAAAGGAGUCGAGCUGGAACUCAUUGCCAAUCCCUUUUCAGAGGUGGGUGAUCAGUUUGCUAGCCUGUGGACCGAAAACCAGGCAGAAGAGAUGGCAACACCGCAGCUUGAUUCUGCCUUCCAUGGGAAUUAUAGGGGGAAGAUGAGGGUUGAAGAGGAGUACAAAGAUGUAGUGAGUGCUGCACAGGCUGCAUUCGAGUCUGCCUCGUAUGCAGCAGUAGCAGCCAAGGCUGCGAUGGAGCUCUUCCAGUUGGAAGCCGAGGGGAGGCUCCUGCAAUGAGAAUUUUUGUAGA